AGAUCGCUUUAAUGAUAAGAACACUGCCUUUGCUUCAAACAUUUUGCAAAGAAUGCAGCAAAUUCACAAAAAAUCCCAAUCGAAUUGUGCAAGCUGUAUCCAUCGACGCCAUGGGCACUCUCAUAGCACUGGCUAAACCAUUUGAUGAAGUUUACUCUCGUGUUGCUAGCGAACACGGCGUUGAUGUGAGCCCAGCGGCCAUCGCUUGUGGCUAUGCAAAGUUGAUGAACGAUGUUUCCGAAAGUUAUCCAUGUUUUGGAUACGGUUCCAUAGGAGAGUACGAGUGGUGGAAGCGAAUCAUUGUCGGAAGUCUGCAAAAGGCACAUACAAAGCGGAUAGAUCACAUACAAGGAGACAAAAUAAGUCGUCAGCUCUAUGAUUUCUAUACCACAGCAAGCGCAUGGCGCAUUAUUGACCCAGAGAUGAAAUCAGCUGUGGAUGUGCUGCGUCAGAUGGGACUGGGAGUGGUUGUUGUCUCGAAUUUCGAUAGUCGACUGAAGAAAAUCCUGCGAAACCUCGAAAUCGAUCACUUGUUCGACUUGGUACUCCUGAGCGGGGAGAUAGGUCUGGAAAAACCAGACCCAAAAAUAUUCGAAAUGGUUCUGGGCCAUUACCACCUUACCAGUCCCUCCCAGUUGUUACAUGUGGGAGAUAAUGUUAAGAAAGAUUACCAAGCAGCCAUAAAAUUUGGUGCCAAAGCAUUUCUAUUUGACCCGUUAUCAGAAAAAACCGAAGUAGAUGAGAGCCAUCGAAUUAGGUCCUUUAGUGAGUUAACGAUAGAGUAAGAGUUGAGUAUUUUGUGCAUCUCUCUUUCUUUGCUCGCCACCACCUCAAUUUUUGUCAUGUUCUUGUUGUUAAAGGAGCUUGUAAUUCUCAGAGAACUUUUUUUUUUCUCGUAAAUUCUUUGAAACGUCCAAUGUGCACGUUCGGUACUGGUUUACAAUUAUCUUUUUUCUUUUCGUUGCACGCCACUCGUAAGACAGCUGGCGUUUCACGAUUGUGUAGUCCUAGAGUUAGCCAGUGUAGAUAUCAAAAUAGAUAGGUCAUUGUGUUACAUUCGCUAUUCUUGUUGAUAAAAUAUUCAAGCAUAAUCCUCUUUGUCUGUGCAAAUUCGGUUCUAAUAUUUCAUUCUGUUCUGUUUUUAUGCAAAGAAGCGAAUGCAUGGUUAACUAAUAAUAGCUUGUCCCUUACAUUCUGACAACUGAAAUAAGCUUAUUGUCUUAACGUCACCGUGCACUUAUAAUGUUGAAUGAGCGUUUCUUAUACGCUUAUCUUUACGAAGUACUAAAGCCGUUG